AUGGCAGCGGCAACUCCUACAGGUGCCGGUGGGCGAACGACGACGGUCACUUCGACGCUUGCGGACAAGCCCACGCCCACAACGGCCAAGCACACGCUCAUUCAGACCACGUUCUCGGGGUCGUCGUCCUACGAUGUGCGGAACGGCGUGUGGGUCCCCGUCGCUCCGCGGCCGAAGAAGACGCUGUCAGACGGCACGCUCAUCGGCGUCAUCGUCGCGUGCAUCGUCGGCGGGCUGAUUAUCCUCAUGAUCCUGGUGCCGUUCGUGAAGAAGCUUCACCGCAGGCGGCAGUCGAGAAAAGCAAGGAAGGACGCCGAGGCGCUCCUCAACGCGCCGAGCCCGAGCUUCGACUCGUGGAGCUUUGACGCCGAGCGCGAGAAGGUCGCGGCGCCCCCAAAUCUCUCGCCGACGGUCGGCGCGCGGUCCCGCGCCGAGAGCUUCAACACGCUGCAGCACGUCGCGCCGAGGCGGCAGCCCUCGUCGUCCAUGCUGUCGACACAUAGCCGCUCGUCCUCGAACGGCGCGUCGCCGAGCCCGCCCCUGCCCGGCAAGACGUACGCCUACGUCGACCGCACCAACGGCCUCCUCACCCCCGAGGUGCCCAAGCUCAACCUCAACCUCGCGCCAGGGCAGAUGCUCAGCCCAGACGACAUGGACCGCGUCAAGCGCGUGUCGGCCCAGAGCGCAGUCAGCGCCUACAGCACGGCGAGCACGCUGUCGCCGCCCCCGCGCUUCCAGGACAACAGCCAACCCACCCGCGACAGCCUGGGAUACCAGUACGGCUCGGAGGACACGACCGACUUCCACUCGGACGAGACGCACUCUGACGAGCGGCCAUUCGCGUAUGACACGUCGCCGCGGUCCACGCUCGCCUCGCACGAGCCGACCGUUAUCCGCCCCGUCGUGGAGGCAAAGUACUCGCCGGCGCAGUAUGCGAGCCGGGAAAACGACCCCGCCAACCCGUUCGCCAACCCGCCGCGCUUCAUCCAGCCCGGCGAGGGCGGACGGCGGAGCCUGACAGCGCCCGCUCCGGCCUCGGCACGGCCAGUGAGCGUGGGCAAGGCUUUCUAGUUGGUUGGCUGGGUAUCUGGGUUAUUCAUAGAUGCAGUGCGCGGGAGUGUAUACUAGUGGACUUUGGUGAU